UCAUCAUCACCAUCUCCACCUUUACAUCCCACACUCACCACUACCAGCACCACUAGCUAAUCACCUAACCCCCUAACUUCUCAUCCCCUCCCUUCACCUCUCUCUACUGUUACCAUGGCAACAGCUGCCACUGCCUCUUCAUCAUCCUCAUCAUCACCUAGUGGCAGUGCCAGGGAACACCUGCUGGCGGUGCGUCGACGCACUCCACAUGCCCGACCCUACACGAUCGGGCCUGACAGCGUCUGCAGCUUGUCAGUGCAGGAACCAAUCGGAGCCUCGGCCUCCUCUACAAUGUCAUCAGGGAAUCAGCCAGAAACAGGACUGGGGCUUCAGCGGGCCAAUAGUGACACAGACCUGGUGACUUCAGAAAGUCGGUCAUCGCUCACAGCUUCUACAUACCAGGUGACUCUGGGUCACAGCCACCUGGUGAUCUCCUGGGACAUAAAGGAGGAAGUGGAUGCAACUGACUGGAUCGGCUUGUACCACAUUGAUGAGAACUGUGUGGCCAAUGUGUGGGAAUCCAAGAACCGCGGUGUGAACGGCACCCAGAGAGGACAGAUUGUGUGGAGACUGGAGCCGGGACCCUAUUUUAUGGAGCCCGAGACAAAGAUCUGCUUUAAAUAUUAUCAUGGUAUAAGUGGAGCAUUAAGAGCAACAACACCUUGUAUCACCGUCAAGAAUCCUGCAGUACCAGUGAGGGGCGAAGGCCAGGUGGAGGAGCAGUCAGAGUAUGAGCACUGUCGGAAACUUGUCAGCUUCACCCUGUCAGACUUCCGAGCAGUGAACCUAAAGAAAGGGAUGUUCUUCAACCCGGACCCCUACCUGAAAAUGUCGAUCCAGCCCGGGAAGAGGAGCGGCCUCCCAAAGUUUACCCACCAUGGCCAGGAGAGACGCUCCUCCAUCAUAUCCAACACCAUCAACCCUGUGUGGCUUGGGGAGAAAUAUACAUUUGUGGCUUUGAUAACUGAUGUGCUGGAGAUUGAGGUGAAGGACAAGUUUGCCAAGAGUCGGCCAAUCAUCAAGCGCUUCCUGGGCCAGCUGAUCAUCCCCAUCCGGAGACUUCUGGAACGGCCAGCUGCUGAUGAUCAGACAGUCAGCUACAGCCUGUGUCGUCGUCUUCCUAUGGACCAUGUGAGCGGGCAGCUUAUGUUCAGAGUGGACAUCACUUCAGCUGGACAAGAAGAAGCUUCGCCAGACCCUCUGGGAACGAUCCUGGGUGGUGUGAUGAAUGGUGACCCUGGGAGUCCCUCUGACGACGAAGAUCUCCAUCAGCUCUCCUCGUCUUUAGGUGCUACAUGUGGACCUUCUCGCAUUGGUUCUGAUGAGGGCUCCUUAUAUGUUAAUGGUUCAUGUUACUAUGGCGAUGACAGCGUGUGGCAGGAGCCUGGGCAAGUGGGAGAGGUGAAUCUGCUUCCUGUGGCUCUUGGCAGCUUCACCCAAAGGCAGGUGUCACUUAAUGACUACCUAGAUUCCCUCGAAGGUCCCAGGAGCAUUGGGGACCGACCUGCAGCAGGGCCAUUACCAAAGCUCAGCUCCAGCUUUCCCACAGACACACGGCUCAGUGCCAUGCUACACAUUGACUCAGAUGAGGAUGAGGAAGGAGCUGGGCAGCACUGGGAUCAAUCGCUGGAAGCAAAGACACAGCAGAAUACCAACUCAGCUACACCUGAGUCUCCACAGGGGAGCAGUGGUUCAAAAGGCGAGUCACAGGGCUCAUGUGAGGCAGGGCCUGGAGUUCAGGCCACGGGAGAGGCAGGUUCUUCUGCUGGUGCUCAGUGUGGAGCCAACACUGCAGGGCCUGAAGCUGGAGCAGGAGCACAAGAAGGUGCUGCUGCACUCCCAAUACAGACACGACAAUCAGCAGAUAGAAUUGAAGAAGCUGCCAGAGCACAGGCUGCACAGGUUGUUGGAGAAACUGCUGCAGCUUCCAACUCAUCUCAGGUAUCAAGGGCUGAGGCAGCUGAAGUCAGAUCUGGAGAAUCUCCAGGGGAAUGUCCAAGUCAGGAGCACAGCAUCAGGACUGGGAAAAACCCAGAAGUACACUGCAAUCCCUCACUUGGUCCUCUUUCACCCAUUCAGGUGAGGCACUGUGCCACAGAACAGGUCAAUGGCCACCAGUCUGUUCACUCCCUGCCAUCUGUUCGCCAUGACAUCAGUCGCUACCAGAGAGUAGAUGAACCACUGCCCCCUGAUUGGGAGGCUCGCAUAGACAGCCAUGGUCGCAUUUUCUAUGUGGACCACGUGAACAGAACAACAACAUGGCAACGUCCAACCGCACCCCCGGCCCCACAAACUCUUCAGAGGUCUAACUCCAUACAGCAGAUGGAACAGCUAAAUCGCAGGUAUCAAAGUAUACGUAGGACAAUGACCAACGACAGUAGACCAGAAGAGCAGCUACCCAAUGAGCUUUCAGCUGAUGAGACUGAUAUGCAACCCUCAUUCCCAGAGCUACGUAGGGACAGCAAUUUGCCACAGUCCAGUCCCAGGUCUCGCCUAACCCUGCUGCUUCAGUCCCCUACCGCCAAGUUCCUCACCAGCCCUGAAUUCUUCACUGUGCUGCAUUCCAACCCUAGUGCCUACCACAUGUUCACCACCAACACAUGUCUGAAGCAUAUGAUCAGUAAGGUUCGUCGGGAUGCUCAUCACUUUGAGCGCUAUCAGCACAACAGGGACCUGGUGGCCUUCCUCAACAUGUUUGCUAACAAACAGCUGGAGCUGCCCAGGGGUUGGGAGAUGAAGCACGACCAGACCGGCAAGCCUUUCUUUGUAGACCAUAACUGCCGUGCCACUACGUUCAUUGACCCCCGGCUGCCUCUCCAAAGCUCUCGGCCGCUGAGCCUCCUCGCUCACCGCCAACACCUGACUCGCCAGCGCAGCCACAGUGCUGGAGAGGUGACCACUCGGCGACUGUGCUGUGACAACAGGGAGAAAGUGCAGCUGAUCCGCACAGAUGGAGUGUCAGGAUUGGCCAGGCUGUCGGGAUCUGCCGACCUUGUCAUGUUGCUAAGUCUGUUUGAAGAAGAAGUGAUGUCCUAUGUGCCUCCUCAUGCCUUACUUCACCCCAGCUACUGCCAGUCACCUCGGGGGUCACCUGUCUCUUCCCCACAGAAUUCACCUGGUAAAAGAUCAACAGAAAAGUCAUUGUUAAGAUCUUUGUCUGCUGGGAGUUGUCUGUCUUCACUCUUGUCCGUCUGUCUUAGACUGAUCAUCCGUCGCGACCAACUCCUGGAAGAUGCCUUCAACCAAAUCAUGUGUUACUCUCGGAAAGACCUACAGCGGAGCAAGCUCUAUGUUAGCUUUGUCGGGGAGGAGGGGUUGGACUACAGCGGGCCCUCGAGAGAAUUUUUCUUCUUGGUUUCCAGAGAACUGUUUAACCCUUAUUAUGGUCUGUUUGAGUACUCUGCCAAUGACACCUACACCGUUCAGAUCAGUCCCAUGUCUGCCUUCGUUGACAAUCACCAUGAGUGGUUCCGAUUCAGUGGUCGCAUUUUGGGAAUGGCUCUGAUCCAUCAGUACCUGCUGGAUGCCUUCUUCACCAGACCCUUCUAUAAAGGCCUACUUCGGAUUCCCUGUGACCUGAGUGAUCUGGAGUAUUUGGAUGAAGAGUUUCACCAGUCUCUUCAGUGGAUGAAGGACAACGACAUAGACGAUAUGCUGGACCUCUCCUUCACUGUCAAUGAAGAAGUUUUUGGACAGAUAACAGAAAGGGAGCUGAAGCCCGGUGGAGCCAACAUUCCUGUCUCAGAGAAGAACAAGAAGGAAUACAUUGAGCGCAUGGUAAAGUGGAGGAUAGAGAGAGGAGUGGUGCACCAGACUGAAAGCUUGGUCAGAGGCUUCUAUGAGGUGGUGGAUGCCAGGUUGGUGUCUGUGUUUGAUGCCAGGGAACUGGAGCUGGUAAUUGCAGGCACUGCGGAAAUUGACUUAACAGACUGGAGGAACAACACUGAGUACAGAGGAGGUGUGGAGGAAGCUAAGAAUGAAUGUUUGUUUUUCAGGAUAGAUUUGUUUAAACCUUUAGAUAAAGCACUUAUUUCGGUCAUGCACUCUUCUCUAUGUAUCCUGUCAGUGGCCUGUGCUUUAAUACAUGGUCUGUUCUCCAGAGCUCACACCUGCUUCAACCGGCUGGACCUACCACCGUACCCAUCUUUCUCAGUGCUGUAUGAGAAGCUGCUGACUGCUGUGGAAGAGACCAGCACCUUUGGACUGGAAUGAGAUUCUCGUCUCCCCCAUAUCCCAGUUUACCCUGCGUCUGCCCCUGGAAGACUGCUGCUGAUAGUGACGUUUAAAAGUCAGAUUUUGAAGUCCAACUCCUGAUUUAAAUUUAUAACAGGAUGUUUUGUUACAGGAUCUGACCCUUUGAAAUGUUUUGUGUACAAAGGUAAACCUUUUUUGUUGCACCUGCAUGUACUUCACACCUACUUAAUAACUUGCUGUCACUUAUGUGACAUGACAAAUGAAGACCUGCGCUCGCUUUAGGACUCUGACUGGAACUGCCAAGAUCUGACCAAUCAGAGGUCAAGGGCGCCUGAGGUUUUUUGUUUUUUUUUAU